CCCGGCUCCGUUAUCCUGCUAUAUAGCCCGACAAUACUCACCACUUCGUCAUGUUAUGACGUGGCGUCCGAUUAGUGGUCAAACCACGUACAUCUCACCAAUCCUGUCCCGCCACGUCAGGCAGCGACGUGCCAAGCAUGCCCUUCGGACUUGCAGACAGGCCAAUCCCUCCCUCCCCAUGGCAUAAUUCACGACGACGGUAGUUUGAGCGGAGGCGGAGGGAGCCGGCGAGAUGGAGAGGAGGAAGAAGAGAGGCGGAGAAAUCCCCAAAUGCACCGCGAUUUCGGCCAUCGUCACCCUAAUUCUAGCCGCUGUAGCUCCGGUCUCCUCCAUCGACGACAAGUGCGGGGCUUGCACGGCGGUCGCGGGUGAGCUAGAAAUUGGACUUUCAAAUGAGAAACCAAGAAACCAUUUGGACAUGCGUCACCGUUUGGAUUCUACAGGUCAACGUGAAGGGAAAGUCAUUGAUUACAGAGUCAGUGAGCUAAGAGUCGUUGAACUUUUGGAUGGACUUUGUGAAAAAAUGCAAGACUACACUCUAAUGAAGUUAGAUUCAGGCAAAAAAGGGUGGGUGAAAGUAAGAGAUUGGGAUGACCUUAAAACUGAUAAGCAAGAAGCACGUGCAUACUCAAAAAAUCUGUCAUCCUUUUGUGGAAGGUUGCUGGAGGAAACAGAGGACGAGCUUGCCGAGUGGAUAAAACGGGGGUCUGUACACCCAGGAGGUGUGAGCAAGGCUCUUUGUCAAGACAUUAGCAACCAUUGCAGCUCUUUGAGUGGUUCCUCCAUGGAUGAUGGAGAAUUAUGAAGACAAAACUAACAGUCACUGAGAUUUUUUACUGGAGCAACAUACAAAGGGCUGGAAGCUCUAACCUGAUCAAUCAUUCACGAUCUUUGGAUCCUUUUUAAUAUUCUUGGUGCGCAUGGUCGAACCCUGUCCAGCCUAAUCGAAAAAUCCUCACUGGUCCUAUUUAAGAACAUUCUUUAUUUGAUCAACACAAUGUUUAGACUAUGUACUAUGUCGUAAACUACUGUGAUCUUAAUCAUAUAUACUCUGAAAAGAUGAACAGGAGGGACCAAAACUAUCUGGUUCGUCCUUUCUUUUGCAUGCUCUCUCA